AUAUAAAAUAUGAUAAUUGUCGCUUCAUAGCGUAUUGAUGAUUGAAAGUAAGUUCAUAAUCGCAUUCGUACAGUGAACAUAGAGAAAUAGAUAUUUUUUAUUCUAAUUUUUCUAUAAGUCGCCAUUUAUUACAGUGACAUUUCUUUAUAAAUUCUUUUACAUUAGCCAUAUGGAGAAGACAACUUCUUUCUAAUUUAACAGGUAUCCAGUGCCAUCUAAUUAUCGAUAAUUCAUAUGCGUUUCUGCAGAAGUUCUAGGGCGGGCUCUAGUAAUUACAAGGAACGGAACUUGUUUCCGCUUUAAAUACACAGCCACGUGACAAUGAAUAAUAUAUAGCUAAAAGUGAAAAAUAAUGAGAAGCUGAAUUGUCCCAAGUGUAUUAAUAAUUUUCAAGUAUCGACAGAAAUGCUCCGCACAGUCUUUUGGACAACAAGCAGUGUGUGUCUCAAUAGCAAUGUAAAACAGACAACAAUUUCCACACAUUGUAAAAAGCGAUCCCGGAUUAAUGGACUUUCAAAACACGAAUCUCUUUAACGUUCGGCUAAACUUGCUUUCGGGCAAUCUGUUACCAAUGACCGACAAGUCAGACAAAUCCUCAUUUUCACUAUUCUGGAAAGUAUAUUGUGCUUUCGUGUGGUUACUGGAAUUAGUUUAUAUGAUCUCAUUAAUUCUUGCCUACUUCUUAGCACCGAACGAGGCAAUAUUAAGCGAUAGCUUUGAUGGAUUAUUCGUUAUAGAAGAAGUUGGUUUUGUAAUCGAUUACUCACGAAUUCUUACACAGAAAACACUGGUACAAAAACUAAUACGAAACCUGAACAAGGCUCUAAGUAUUAAGGAUGAGAAUAUGCGACGUAUCGUAACAACGAAUCUAAAAUCAAUUAAAAAUCCAUUCAUAUAUUACUUAGUGACUGGUACAGGUUCUCUUAUCUUCUGGUGUUGUACGACGCUCCCGUUAAUUCUUGAAAGAAACACUUUUUACCACGCAGAUUACAAUACACCAGCUGUUUUUUACAAAGAACCAUUUUCUCUUGGCGUUUUCCUGCUAGGCAAUAUGAUGAUAAUGGUGUGCAACAUAUACCUUUUUUUAAAGGUAAUCAGCGUGGAUGUAUACACAGCACAUUUGAUAUCAUUAAUAACGGCGCAAUAUCAAUAUAUUUCUUCAAGACUUGUAUUGAUAUUUCAAAAUAAUAAACAUCCGAAUAACAGAAGUUCUCGAGAAGGUAAUUCUGAAGUGGAUUCUUUUACAGCGACAGAAAUAAAAAAUUUAUGUCGUCAACAUGUCAAUGUUAUGCAAGAUUUGUCAUAUGUCAUUACUGUUAGAAGUAAAAGUUUAUUAAUUACUUGUCGAAAGUAUUUUCUUUUUCUAAUAACCGUACUUAAAUAUUUGUACAUAAAUAAAACAGCUGUUUAUUUUUCUAAGAGUUCAGAAAUAACAAAUGAAGCAUUUCACGAAAAUUGGAAUCAAUUGAAUUUGUCAGUAAAACGUACAUUUUUAUUGAUGAUGAUGGCUAGUAAUAAUAUAGAGAUUAAACUUUCAUUAUUCGAUAGAUUCAACUUGUCUUUACCUUUAUUCAUGUCGGUUCUAAACCAGGCAUAUUCUGUCGCUCUUCUGAUAUUAAGAAUGAGUUAAAGAACGACGAAUGUAUAUAUUUCAUUAUUAACAUGUGGUAAAGUAACUUUAAUGUUAUCAAUACAAAAAAUUCUUUCAUUUUUAGAAUGAUAAAUUGUAUAAAGAUUCACAAAAAAAAUCAAAACAAAGAAAAAGGGACCUAAGUCAGGGUAGAAAUUGAUGUGUAACUAUUUAAUUAAAUAUCAAAGUAUAAUUAGUGUAUAAGUAGUCAAUAUAUAAUUAAAAAUUUCAACAAUA